CAGUUGUAAAUUGACAUCACUCCGAGCAGUUCGGCCAAGCAGGCCAAAAAAAAAAACGAUUCCGAAGUUCGACGGAAGAAAAGUUAUCUCGAAUGCUCCUUGUCGUUAAUAGUCGAUAAAUUGACAUUGAGUGCUUUCUGGAGUUGGAGCAACCGAGACCUCUUAGCUGUCUCCUGCCUUCACAGUGGGCUUAGUUAUCAAAUAGAGUGUGUCAUCAUCACCGAAAUCAUUGUAUCAAAACCCCACAAAACUGAAGUGAGCGAACAGGGAGAAAUUCUACUUCGGUGUCUCUCCCUGAACCAAUCGUUAUAUGAGAACUAUUAGAUUCACACCAGAACAUUCUAUUAUUUUCUGUUCUCUAGACUAUACAGUUUUUUGGUUUAAUAGUGCAAUAAUUGUGUGUGUUAAUGGAUGCUUGAAUGAGCAGUUAUUGAAUACUAUUUGGAAGUGCAGUAAAGCUGAGUCACUACAACAUCUUGUCACUUUGGAUAAUUCGACGAUAGUCAACACGAGCAAGAAAAGGAGUUAAGUGUUUAGGUGUAAUGCAAAGUCUGUAGCACUUCUGUAAGGUGUCCUAACCGCAGCAAACAAUAGGUGACCAAAGACUCCUCGCUAAGCAGCUGCCGUGGCAUCCGCUAUCCGAAAUGACCCAGGCUGAGGAGGUCCGCGAAGUGAAUCAAGUGUGUAUUACCAACAUACCAGAUCUGCACAGCCAGGCGGCCCAGGCAAAUCGCAAAGCAUCGCCUCAGCCACUACCGCCACCGCCACCACCUCGACCGUCAUCCACAGCAACCAGUGUCAACAGUGACGAUUGGCAUAGUACAAAUAUCAACAUUUUCACGACAAGCUUUACCAACAAAUGGCACCCGCAUGUCUACGCCAAUCCUCCUAAACAUCCAACGCCACACUCUAUCAUGGACAUUCUUAGUUGGAAAGGGUCUAUUGUCAAAGAACCUUCACAAAUUGCGGAACAUAACAACCACACGGUGCCAUAUUUAUUACAAAAUUUAAGCGUAACGAAGCAAGAUGACCAGCCGUUAAAUCUGUGCAUUUCUAAACCAUCAGCGCAGUUAGAAAAAUCCUACGAAGAAGAGUCAACCGAAGAAUCAAUACGUUCUAUUAGUCGGGAACGAGCUCAUUCGACAGAUGUGGAGUCGGAAAUCUAUGGAUCGAAUGAGUCGCAGCAUUCCUUGAAGGAUACGUCCUCGUCGGGUACACAAAGGCUCGAUGCACUGACGAUAAGUGCAAAGAAGAAUAGCCGAUCUGAAUCUGGCCUCGAUGCCGAAGAUGCGGAUGAUCUUCAUCUGGAUGAUGGAAACCGGAGGAAGAAAAAAGCCAGAACUACCUUCACCGGUCGGCAGAUAUUUGAACUGGAAAAACAAUUUGAAGUUAAAAAAUAUCUUUCGUCCAGCGAACGUACAGAGAUGGCUAAGUUGUUGAAUGUGACGGAAACGCAAGUCAAAAUAUGGUUUCAAAAUCGUCGAACAAAAUGGAAGAAACAGGACGGCGAUUCUGCGUCGACUGGUCCCACCAGCAAUAACAAAGAAUCUAAAGUUGCCAAAACCCCAUCUCCUUCGCCAUCGUCCCUUUCUUCCCCCACAUAUCCAUCGUCUUCGCACACCGCACAGCCAAUACACGAGGAAAAGGUACACCAUCCGUUGAAAUCGAAUCCAAAACCUUUCAGCAAGCAUACUAAAGUGCGCCAACAUCGAACAAAGUCGCAGGAUCACACCGUCGAUAGUCACGCUUCGAAAGAUCCCAAAAAAUUCCUCAACCUACUCGAUCCUAGUCAGCCGAACGAUGUGGAGUCAAGCAUAUCGGCAUCCAAAAUCUCACUGGACGCCAUCUGCAGUGCCACGAACUAUCUUAUGAAACCUUCUCCACCACCUAGCAACACCUCUCCUCAUUACGCACCAUUAAAUCAACUACCCAGUGAUAGACUUUUCUGUCAUACCGCAACGGAGGACAUAAACGACAUACAAGAGUAGCAUUAAUACAGUAGGUACUCCUCCUAUCUUGCCCGGCUAACUAUUAGUGUGUGUAUGUUCUCUUCCCUGAUCUAGUUUUAAACAGUAUCAAAAGUCAUUAAAAUACAAAUGAACUUGAAACGAUUUAAUGUGACUUUCGGAUAGUUACGGAUAAAGAUUAAUAAAUGCUAUGAAAAACAAAACUAAAGUGAGAUUAAUACAAUAAAAACGACGAAUUUCUGGAAAUCUUACAA